ACUUGCUUCUUGGAAAGCAUUAUUAGUAUAUCGAUCUUAUCAUUUUCGUUUUCUUCCCCACCAAAAUUCCCAACCAUGGAAUUUUUCUCCCUUCCAACAGUAAUCUUCACUGUCCUCAUCUCCUUUUUUUCCUUCUACUUUCUCAAUAAAAAUCCCAAAAAAUCCGGUUUCAAAAUCUACCCAGUCGUCGGAGCAUUGCCGGAGUUUCUCCUUAACCGUCACCGUUUUCUGGAAUGGACGACCGAUGUACUCUCUAAUUGCCCUACCAACACCGCCGUGUUCUGCCGGCCCGGAAAUGAUCACGGCAUCCUGACGGCGAAUCCACUCAAUGUUGAACACAUGCUCAAAGCCAAUUUUGAAAAUUUCGAUAAAGGAGCUCGAUUCUAUACUCGGCUUGAAGAUUUCCUCGGCGAUGGAAUUUUUAACGUUGAUGGUGAAAGUUGGAGGAUUCAAAGGAAAUCUGCAAGUUAUGAAUUUAGCACCAGAUCUCUAAGAAAUUUUGUCAUACAAACUGCACAGGAAGAGAUUCAUACACGAUUGAUUCCAAUUCUUGAAGAAGCAGCCAAAAGGGAUAGAAUUAUUGACAUUCAAGACAUCUCAGAAAGAAUUACAUCUGACAAUAUCAUUAAGCUUGCAUUCAAUGUGGAUCCAAAUUGUUUAGGAGGAGCUGAAAGUGAAUUCAUGCAAGCUUUUGAAAUUGCAACAACUCUAAGUGCAGGUAGGUUCAUGUAUGCAAUUCCCUUUCUUUACAAAAUCAAGAAAAUCUUGAACAUUGGUUCAGAGAAAAAGCUACAAAAAUCAAUCCAGAUUGUGCACGAAUUUGCGGAUAAUAUAAUAAAGUCAAGAAUGGAAGAGCGGGCAGAGAAGAAAGAUGAAGACUUGUUAUCAAGAUUCAUGGGGGAUGGUAAUCAACAUUCAGCUAAAUUCUUGAGGGACAUUGUCAUUAGUUUCAUCCUAGCUGGUCGAGACACAACAUCAUCAGGUCUAACUUGGUUCUUUUGGAUAUUGUCUACAAGGAAAGAUAUAGCGAAAAAGAUAUUAGAAGAAUUAGUUCAAAUUCGUCGGAGAAAUGGGAAAAAGAUUGGUGAAGCUUAUAAUUUCGAUGAGUUAAGAGAAAUGCAGUAUCUCCAUGCAGCUAUUUCAGAAUCCAUGAGGUUAUAUCCACCAGUACCAGUUGAUACAAGGUCUUGUUUGAAAGAUGACAUUUUACCAGAUGGGACUUUUAUUGGUAAAGAUUGGUUUAUAAAUUAUCAAACUUAUAGCAUGGGAAGAAUGGAGAAUAUUUGGGGUAAAGAUUGUUGUGAGUAUAAACCAGAAAGAUGGUUUGAUGAAAAUGGGGUUUAUAAGCAAGAAAGCCCAUUUAAAUUUCCGGUGUUUCAUGCUGGACCAAGAAUGUGUCUUGGUAAAGACAUGGCUUAUAUUCAGAUCAAGUCAAUUGCAGCUUCUGUGAUAGAAAUGUUUGAAUUUGAUGUUCAGUUGGAGAAUGACAAGUGUCCUGAAUAUGUGUUAUCUUUGACACUAAGAAUGAAAGGAGGCUUGCCUGUGAAGGUGAAAGAAAGAUGUAAGACCAAUAGUUAAACCAAAUACCUACAAGCCCACAUGGUAGCGAUUCAACUAAAGAUUUAUUUCGGUGAGCACACUUAUGAUUAUGGUAGUUACGGUGAAGUAGGCAUGGGCAUCAUGUCUAAGCCCACUACCACCAGUCGUUGAUUUAUAUAGUCUGAAAAAGUCAAUUGCUAUCUCAUGAGUCGAUCCAUAUCGAUGUAAUGAAAAUGAAGGACUCACAAUAACAACAAUAACAAAAUGUCGUGAAUAAUGAUCACCGAGUUUAUAUGUUGUAAUUAUGGUGAUGUAAUGUCUAAUCUAUUAAGAAGAUUUGGUUGUUAGUAUCAUGGUGUGUAUAUCUUGCUUUCUCUAAAAGGAAGGAAAACUUUUGGUUAC